AUGGAUCUAGACGAGUUUGACAACGUGACUCUGAGGUACAACGUCACCAACUGUCCAUCUAUCGAUGAAUUCCGCAACCAGGUGUAUUCUACGGUGUACUCUAUCAUCACGGUGUUCGGCCUGGCCGGUAAUGGUUUCGCCCUGCUGGUUCUGGUUAAAACGUUCCGUCAGCGUUCUGCGUUCCACAUCUACAUGUUGAACCUGGCCGUGUCCGACCUGCUGUGUGUCUCCACGCUGCCGCUACGGGUCCUCUACUACGUUAAUAAGGGUCAUUGGAACCUGGGAGACUUCCUGUGCAGGGUUUCGUCCUAUGCCCUCUACGUGAACCUCUACUGCAGCGUGUUCUUCAUGACCGCCAUGUCCGUCACACGCUUCCUCGCCAUCGUGUUCCCCGUGCAGAACCUGCGCCUGGUCUCAGAGCGUCGCGCCCGUCUGGUGUGUGUCUGUAUCUGGGUGUUCAUCUGCACUGUCUCCUCCCCCUUCCUCAUGACUGGUCAGCAUCUCGACCCAGCCACCAAUAAGACCAAGUGCUUCGAGCCUCCAGAGCGCAAAACAGGGGGCGGGCUUAACAAGCUCAUCAUGCUCAACUACUUAUCAUUGGCUGUGGGCUUCGUCCUUCCCUUCCUGGUCAUCCUGCUGUGCUACGUCGGGAUCAUUCGGGCCCUGCUGUCACGGCAACAUACUGCACAGCGCCAGAAGGGGGCAGGGUCUAAGGCUAUCCGAAUGAUCGUCAUAGUGAUGCUGGCGUUCCUGCUGUGCUUCAUGCCGUACCACAUCCAGCGCUCCGUCCACCUCAGCUUCCUGUCCCAGACUGCCACUUCCUGUUCAGAGCUGGUGUACAUGCAGAAGAGUGUGGUGGUGACACUCUGUCUGGCUGCCUCCAACUCCUGCUUCGACCCCCUGCUCUACUUCUUCUCUGGAGAGGGCUUCAGACGACGCCUGUCAAGCUUCAGGUCGACUAUCAGGAAACAACCGCAGAGACAGGGGGCACAGCCACCACUGAGGAGGGGAACAAAGAGAGAGAGAGAACGGGUCCUACCCAGCACAGCAGAGACAGAGAGCACAGUCACCACUGGGGAGGGGAACAAGCUAUAG